AUGCCUGACAACACGAAUCAAUCAGUCGCAAAGACAGCCAUCAUCAGCGGCGGUGCGCGAGGAAUUGGUCGCUGCAUCGUUCGCCGCUUCCUCGAGCGUGGCUACAAGGUCUUCAUCUUCGACAUCGAUGAGGAAGAGUUGAAGCAUACCACCACUGUGCAUCUAAAGCAAUACUACGAGAAGAAGCAGCUGAGCUCGGCCAUCUGCAACCUACGCAGUGUCGACGAGAUCAGAGAGAAGGUCAAAGAAGCUGCAGACUUCUUGGGUGGAAGAAUCGAGGUUGUUGUCAACAAUGGUGGCAUUGCGACGCCGACGUGGAGUGACGGAAAGACCAUGGCCGACUUUGACACCUUCUCUCAAUGGCAGGCGUACAUGGAGACCAACCUUACAGCACCAUUCGCCGUAUCGCAAGCUUGCCUUCCUUAUAUGAAGCUCGAAGACAAGAACGACUCGCACCACGCCGACAACUCGCACGCCGGCCCUUGUGUCAUCCAUGUUGGCUCCUUCCGCGCUGAGAUGAGCGACCCCAACCAAGAAGGCUAUGCCUCGAGCAAGUCUGGUCUGAUCGGCUUGAUGCACAGUAUGGCCAUCAGUCUCGGUCCGUGGGGCAUCCGCUGCAAUCUCGUCGCUCCUGGGCGCAUCAAGGUCGCACACGAAUGUAAAGAGGGAGAUGAGAAGGGACUUGAGUGGGCACACCAGAACGAAGACAAAGAUGUCGACGACCACGCCACAAACAGAGCUGGAAGACCGAAAGAUAUUGCCGAUGCUGUAGAGUAUCUAGUCAAUGCUGGCUUCGUUACCGGUCAAGCCAUCACCGUCGAUGGUGGCGCUGUGAGGAUGAAGUAG